AUGCUGAAGAAGGUGGUCGACGCUAUCAAGGACUUGGUGCAAGACUGCAACUUCGAUUGCAAUGACUCUGGAAUCGCCCUGCAGGCUAUGGACAACUCGCACGUCGCACUCGUGUCAAUGCUGCUCCGAUCCGAAUCCUUCGACCCAUACAGAAUUGAUCGCAACAUUGCCCUGGGUAUCAACCUCGGAUCACUCACCAAAGUUCUUCGCGCCGCAGCGAACGAUGAUUUAUUGGUCAUCAAGGCAGAGGAUGUCCCGGACUCAGUGAAUCUCGUCUUUGAGGCAAAGGGCGCGGACAGGAUUAGCGAGUACGACAUCAAGCUCAUGGACAUCGAUCAGGAGCACUUGGGAAUUCCUGACACAGACUACGCUGCUACCGUCAAACUGCCUACAUCUGAGUUCCAGCGCAUCUGCCGCGACCUCAGUGCUUUGUCAGAGUCUGUUACAAUUAGAUGCACCAAGGAUACCGUGGAAUUUGAAGCUGCAGGAGAUAUUGGCAAGGGUAGAGUGGGUCUCAGGGCCUCUCCCAACCUCGAAAAGCCCGAUGAGGCUGUCGAAAUUGAACUCGCCGAGCCAGUCGAACUGACCUUCUCUCUCAAAUACCUCGUCAACUUCUGCAAGGCAAGCGGAUUGUCUGACCGCGUCAAUCUCAGCCUUUCCGCAGAAGUACCAUUGCUCGUUGAGUAUACGAUGCAGCACAACAGCUACUUGCGCUUCUAUCUCGCGCCAAAGAUCGGUGAUGAUGAAUGA